AUGGCGGCCCUCUCCCUGUCCCUCGCCCCUCCCACCGCCGUGCUCCCCUGUUUACCCAGCAGGCCCGCCGCCUCCCUCCUCAGGCCGCAGGUCCCCUCCCGUGCUACCCUCGUCGUCUGCCUCGGCGCGAAGCCCAAGGUGCCCCUCCCCAUCGCCUCGCCGUCCCCACUCGGGGACGACCCCGCUAAGUGGGACCCCGCCGAGUGCGACGCCCUCCUCCGCGGCGGCGAACAGGUCGCCUCCGUGCUCCAGGAGAUGCUCACGCUGAUGGAAGACAUGGAGAUGGAUGGUGCAUUUGCACCGGUGGCCGUGGAGCUGGUGGCUCAGGGAGUAAUUGGGAAUAGGGUUGAUGAGAUGGAGUCUGGCUUUCUAAUGGCACUAGAUUACAUGAUACAGCUCGCGCAGAAGGAUGGUGAUGAUGAGCGUAACUCACUUCUUGAAAUAGUCAAGCAGACAGUGCUAGACCAUCUGACGAAAAAAUGCCCUCCGCAUGUUCAAGUAGUUGGACUCCUUUGCCAGACUGAAAAGAAAGAGAGCAGACAUGAAUUACUACGUCGUGUAGCUGCCGGUGGUGGCGUGUUUGAAAAUGAUAAAGGCCUGAAGUGUCAAAUUCCAGGAGCAAAUCUCAAUGACAUUGCAAAUCAGGCGGAUGAUCUGCUGGAGUCAAUGGAAACCAGACCCACAAUUCCUGAUCGAAAACUUCUGGCCAGACUAGUUAUAGUAAGAGAGGAAGCUCGAAAUAUGAUGGGAGGUGGCCUUUUAGAUGAAAGAAAUGAUCGUGGUCUCAAUACCCUUCCUCAAGCAGAGGUGAACUUCUUGAGCAAACUGGUCGCUCUCAAGCCAGGGAAAGCAGUGGAGAAGAUGAUCAGUGAUGUUAUGCAUGGCAAAGAGGAAGGUGCUGAUAACACUGAAAGCACAAAUGCCGGACCAAAUUCUGACCUGGAACCUUCAACUGGGACAUCUGGAAGGGAAAAUGCAACAGGCCGCAAGCCACAGCCUGUCCGGCCUGGAAUGUUCCUCGAGACAGUUUCUAAGGUCUUAGGCGGCAUAUAUGCAAAGAACACAUCUGGUAUUACAGCACAACAUCUAGAAUGGGUGGCUAUGAGUUACUUGGCCGUAAAAUGGAGUGGAAGAAACGGUGACAGGAGCACCUGA